AUGGACAUAGUGGAAUCUGAGGAAAGUGAUGUCGAGCUGAUUGAGCUGCAGGGUGAGGUGGAGAAUAUGGAUGCCUUUGAUGGAAGACUCAACAAGGAGCUUGUCCAGCUUGAGUUUGGAACGUGUGUUCUUUACGGUAGAAAGGUUCACAAGGAGUUCUGUGUCCUCCGGGCAGACGUCUGCAACGGAAGGCCUUGUCUGAAGAUCAUAAAGAGGAUCAGGUCUGUGUAUUUAUUCGACAAGCCCCCUAGAUACAAGAGAUCCAAUCUGCCAAGGGACGGCUAG